CAAAAUCAUCUGACGGUCCCGGUGCUGAGUAUCGAAAUGUGAUUACGUCAUAUUUGGUACUGUUAACGGCAAUAUUGCCCAAAAAUGUCUUCAAAUCCAACUUACGACGUUUGUGUCAUCGGUGCUGGUGUGGUGGGCAGCUCCACAGCCCGUUACUUGGCUUCCCGAGGACAAAGAACACUUCUAUUGGAGCAGUUUCCUCUUCCUCACUGGCGUGGCAGUUCUCAUGGACAGACUAGAAUCAUUCGUUUCUCCUAUGUUAACCCUUAUUAUUCUAAAAUGGUUCGAGAAGCUGGUGAAAUGUGGAAGGAGAUUGAAGAAAAAGCAGAGCAGGAAAUUCUUAUCAAAACUGUUGGACUGUUAACAGUGGAAGGAAGCUCUGGUGAAAAUUUGAGAGAAGUUAGAGAAUCACUUGAUGCAGCAGGAGCAAGUUAUGAUAUUUUGUCAAACCAAACACUUAAGCAAAGAUUUCCAGAGUUGAGCUUUCCGCCUCACUACAAAGCUCUGUUAGAACACUCAGCAGGAAUUUUAAAAGCUGAUAAAUGCUUGAGAGUGUUGCAGGAUCAGUUUAUUGCAUUUGGUGGCACACUAAGAGAUGGUGAGGGUGUGGUUGAAAUACAUCCAGGAUCAUUAAUUACAAUAAAGACCACAAAGGAUUUGUUCAAAGCUCACAAAGUGAUAUUAACAGCAGGACCCUGGACCAAUAAACUGCUAAAACCUGUGGGAAUUACCUUGCCUCUAAAGCCACUCAGAGCCAAUGUUUUUUACUGGAAGGUGAAAAAAACAGGCACAUACAGUCUUCAGACUGGUUUUCCUACAUUUUAUGAUGAUACAGCAUCUGACCCUCGCAAGUUUUAUGCACUCCCUUCAUUUGAGUAUCCUGACAUGGUUAAGUUUGGGCCCUCUGGUGGAUGCAGAUUACCAGAAGUUUGCAUGGAAAUUGAUCCAGAUGCAAGAGAUUGGGACAGAGAAAUUGAAGAGAGGAUUAUUCAGAGAACAAGAGAAUACAUCCAGCAUCACUUUCCAUACCUUGAUCAUCAUGAGCCAACCAUAGUAGAAACUUGUAUAUACACACUGACCCCUGAUGAGAAUUUUGUGUUGGAUAAACAUCCCAAGUUUUCUAACAUUAUUAUUGGUGCUGGCUUUUCAGCUCAUGGAUUCAAGCUUGGUCCUGUUUGUGGCAAGAUUUUAGCACAGCUGGCCAUGAAUGAGACACCAACCCAUGACUUGACACCUUUCAAGAUUUCAAGAUUCAAGUUUAGUCAGCAGAAAUCCUCACUCUGAUCGAAACUUAGGAUUUGAUAAAAUUGUUUUAACUCAGUACUUAGCCUCUUACAAGUUAGCCUAGAUUUGUUGUUACCACUAUUCUGUUAUCACUUAGAUGGUGCUCAUGAUGAAGACAAUAAACACAAUCACCACUCCAGAUUAAAGCCAACUAAAAAAUCCUGGUGCCGUCCCUGAGACAUUAAAGAAAUCAUUUACCUCUAAUUCUACUUGAUCUAUUAUAGGAGUUUGGGUUUUAACCCUUUAACUUCCAGAAGUGAUCAACAUGUAACUUCUCCCUAUUGUAUUCAUACAUCAUCCAGCAUAAUUGUAAUGAGAAUACUCAACCUUAUCUGGUAAAUGUCUUUAUCUUGAUCUAACACCAAACUCUUUAACUAAUUUACAUGGAAAUGUGUAGCAGCUAGAGGGGAGCUUUAAUAAUCAGAUCCUGGGUUAAAAGGCUCACUAAACUGUGCAGUGCAGUCUUUUACUUCCCCUUCUAAGCAAAUUGAGUGAAACAUGUGAGAGCCAUGCCCU